GCCUGUGCCACUAUGAUCUCAUCCAGUGACUUUGCAUCUGCAUCCUGGGAGCUCAUGGUCCAAGUUCACAAUCCAAAUGAAAAGGAGCCAAGAGACAUCACACUGAGAGUGUCCGGAGACCUGCAUGUCGGGGGUGUGAUGCUCAAGUUGGUAGAAAAGAUCAACAUAGCUCAAGACUGGUCAGAUUUUGCUCUUUGGUGGGAACAGAAACAUUGCUGGCUUCUGAAAACCCACUGGACCCUGGACAAAUGUGGGGUUCAGGCAGAUGCCAAGCUUCUCUUCACCCCUCAGCACAAAAUGCUGCGCCUUCGGCUGCCUAACAUGAAGACGGUGAGGUUGCGAGUCAGCUUCUCGGCUGUGGUGUUUAAGGCUGUCAGUGACAUCUGCAAAAGCCUGAAUAUUAGAAGAUCAGAAGAACUUUCCUUGUUAAAGCCUUCUGGUGACUUUUUUAAGAAAAAGAAAAAGAAAGAUAAAAAUAAUAAGGAGCCCAUAAUUGAAGAUAUUCUCAACCUGGAGAGUUCUCCAACAGGGUCACCAGGAAGUCCUGGCUUAUACAGUAAGACCAUGACUCCUACCUAUGACCCCGUCAAUGGAACUCCGGCAUCCUCCACCAUAACUUGGUUCACUGACAGCCCUUUAACAGAACAAAACUGCAACAUCCUCGCAUUCAGCCAGCCACCCCCGUCACCAGAGGCACUUGCUGAUAUGUACCAGCCUCGGUCUCUGAUUGAUAAAGCCAAGCUUAACGCAGGUUGGCUAGAUUCUUCACGCUCCCUUAUGGAACAAGGAAUCCAAGAGGAUGAGCAACUGCAGUUACGAUUUAAAUACUACACUUUCUUUGAUUUAAAUCCUAAAUAUGAUGCUGUCCGAAUAAACCAACUCUAUGAACAAGCCAGGUGGGCUAUUCUCUUAGAAGAAAUUGACUGCACAGAAGAAGAAAUGCUGAUCUUUGCAGCACUACAGUAUCACAUCAGCAAAUUGUCGAUGUCGGCUGAGGUACAGGAUUUUACAAAUGAGUCUGAGGUUGACGAAGUGGAAGCUGCCCUUUCUAAUUUGGAAGUGACCCUAGAAGGUGGAAAAGCAGACAGCACUUUGGAGGACAUUACUGACAUCCCCAAGCUUGCAGACAAUCUCAAAUUGUUUAGGCCAAAGAAGCUAUUAUUAAAAGCUUUCAAACAAUAUUGGUUCGUCUUUAAAGACACAUCUAUAACCUACUUUAAAAAUGCGGAACUUGAACAAGGAGAACCCAUAGAAAAACUCAAUCUUAGAGGCUGUGAAGUUGCGCCAGACGUGAAUGUAGCAGGCAGAAAAUUUGGAAUCAAGCUACUAAUCCCAGUUGCUGAUGGUAUGAACGAAGUGUAUUUGAGAUGUGACCACGAGAAUCAAUAUGCCCAAUGGAUGGCUGCCUGCAUCUUGGCAUCAAAGGGCAAAACCAUGGCAGACAGCUCGUACCAGCCAGAGGUCCUCAACAUCCUUUCGUUUCUGAGGAUGAAAAACCGGAAAUCCUCAAUUCAGUUGACUUCCAGUCUCGAAAGCAUGGACAUGAACCCAGAAUGUUUUGUGUCACCUCGGUGUGCAAAAAAAUACAAAUCUAAGCAGCUGGCUGCGCGGAUCAUGGAAGCCCAUCAGAAUGUGGCCACGAUGCCCCUGGUUGAAGCCAAGCUGCAGUUCAUCCAGGCAUGGCAGUCCCUACCUGAGUUCGGCCUCACCUACUACCUUGUCAGAUUUAAAGGAAGCAAGAAAGAUGACAUUCUGGGAGUUUCCUAUAAUAGGUUGAUUAGAAUUGAUGCAACCACUGGGAUCCCUAUUACGACAUGGAGAUUCACCAACAUAAAACAGUGGAAUGUCAACUGGGAAAUCCGGCAGGUGAUGAUCGAGUUUGACCAAAACUUCCAAGUUGCAUUUACCUGCCUGAGUGCGGAUUGCAAGAUUGUGCAUGAGUACAUCGGUGGCUACAUUUUCUUGUCCACUCGCUCCAAGGACCAGAAUGAAACGCUCGAUGAAGACCUCUUUCACAAGUUGACAGGUGGUCAGGACUGA